CAAAGAACUCUGAACAAGUUUUCCAUUAUACGAAACCACAAGUUUUCUAGGUCUUCUCUCUAAGUUUUACGCGAUGGCUCCUCGUAACAACAAGUUCUCUGAUGAUGAUGAUUCGAAGAAGAAGAAAUACUUCAAACAGCGGUUUCCCGGUUUUAAGAAGAAAGCGACAGAGCUCUCUGUUCUAUGCGGCAACUCUGUCGGUUUCAUCUGUUACGGCCCCAACAACAACGAUCUCCAUGUCUGGCCCGAGCCGCAAGAUAACCCACAAGCCCUAACAGGGAUCGUUGGAAAGUUCAAUGCGUUAAGCGAUCACAAGAGAAAGAAUCACGCUUGCGAUCUUUACGACUUCGUCUCUGAUAUCAAGGGUUUUUCGGGUGAGGAUUUCAGGAGACAUAUCGAUAAGCUUAGCUCUCACAUAGUUGAAAUCAAGCAACUAAAGACAAGUAUCUUAAGAAGAAGAGGCGACUCGAAGAAACCUAAGCCGAAGGAGACGGAAGAAGAAGAUGAUCAUAUUAGGGUUUCAGAAAACGCCACCAUUACAAAUUGUAACGAGGCUAUGAUGAUGCCGGAAGAUCGAUUAGGGUUUGACGAGUUCCCUGGCUACCACGAAACUGAUUCCAGUUUGGGAUCUUAUGCUACUUUCACGGAUGUCGGUGUUUCGGAGGAUUCUUCUCUGUUCGAUCCUUUUACGUUCGGCGAUUAUUUUCCGGUGCCGCCCACAGAUAAUUUUGGGGUCGAUGGUGUUUGGGAUCUUUGUGGGAUGGAUUUGGAGUUUUCUUCACUAUUUCCUGGCUACGAUCCACUUCCCACUGAUUCUUUUAUGUCGAGCUACCAAACACCGGUUAUAGAAGACUUCGGAUCCGUCUUCUAGAUUAUGACUUUGAGGGCAUAAACAACACGAUCAACUAGGGUUUGACAACAAUGUAGUUCACCUUUAUAUAUAUAUAUUCUCAC